AUGACCGCGGAGCUACUAGCUCGUGGUCCUAGUGCAGACGGUAACCCGUUUAUCAACUAUGUCUUGCCUUUAGCAGCUUCCGAUAGCCUUGUGAUGGACUGCGUUCUCGCUAUUGGAGGAGCACACAUGGCUGUUUUAGAGCCUGAUCGGCCGCAGUUGGAAGUCAUGACCCGAAGGCAUUAUGCCCGUCUGCUGGAAGGACUACGAAAGGCGCUCUCUAGCGAUACGGUGUGUCCAUUUGGCGAAAGAGAUGAGGACAAGAAGCUCUACACUCUAAUGAUUCUUAUCAUGCUAUGCAUUUUCGAAGGAGUCCAGGGUGAUAAUUCAGGGGCUGUCUAUCAUCAUAUUCGAGCUAGCCGUCACUAUGUGAUGGAAUUGGCAGCAGACACCUACGAGCCAUCAGCGUCAAAGAAGACUGAGCAUAUUCGUGGCUUCCUCUUGGAGAUAUACGCAAUGUUUGCCCUGAAGUUAUCAGUCACGCCACGAGGCUUACAAGAGGAGAACCCUGUGGCACUGGACCCUUUCCUUGGCUCCCUGAAAUUUCUGAGCCAGUACAAGUCGCGAGGAUUCAUGAUUGGUUUCGGACACGGACUCUUCGCCAUGAUGCCAGCCAUUUCGAAUCUUGUUGAAAAACGCAGGAAAGAAGAACUGUGCGGCUCCACGUCUGACGAUCUAUUCAAAAGUUACCAGUCACUGUUGGAGAAGUUAGACGCAUUCGACCCCUCAUCCGACGUUCUCGACGGUGAAGACGCAUGUCCUCGCUACCAACAAUCAUCAGCCGUCGCCAUCUAUCGCACAGCUCUAAUCCUCAUCCUUCACUCCGCCUUCCACGAAGACAUGUACAAGAACGCGGAGCUUCUUGCUGAAGUCGAGCGUCGGAUAGACAAGAUACUGCCUCUAUGCUGGGCCGUUUACGCUAGCAAGUCACCGCUGCGGAGGAUGAUGCUAUGGCCGGGGUCGAUUUUGGCAUCCUGCUGCAAGAAGCCAGAGCAUGUCCACGCUUUUCGACUGGGACUGAACUCGAAUCCACGAUCGCCGGGUGGUGUCCGGGAAGCGGCCAAGGCCGUUGAACUGUUGUGGCAAGAUGACGAUCCCGCAGCGUAUGGGCCUCGAGGGUUGAACAUGGUGAUGAAGAAACACGGUCUUAGUUUUACUGGAAUCGGGUAA